GCCGAUUGGUCGAACUCUCGCCGGGAGCGGGGACAGCACGUUGGGAUGCGCGCUAUUUAAGGCUCUGCUGCGUGAGCCAUUGACGUGUUUGGAGCUGAAGACUGCCUGGGCCGUGGCGGAGCUGCGUCUGAGGCGCGGACGGGCAGUAUCGCGGAGACCAGCGAGACCUCAGAUUCGUGUCUGUCCAGCCUCUCCAGCCGACCUCCUCUACCCCUCCGGUAUGGCACCUCUUCUCGCACCCUGCCUCUCCGCCCAGCAGUAGGUUAGGGGCUUUAGGUUCUCGCAGGAUGUGUGUCAGCUUCCCGAUAGGUGCAGCUGCGUUAUAUCAGCCACGGACCCUGCCUGGGCUCUGACCAGCUUGUGGGCAUGAAUGUGUUCAGUAACGGUCCCUCCCUCUUCCCUUUCAAAGCUCCUUGGAGAGUGGAGAAGUGAACAGUUGAAUGGGGAAAUCAAGAAAUACUCUUUUCAGCAGUUUGCCCUUUCGAAUGGGUUCUAGAGUUAUUCCCCAGAUGUGCUGUGGUUUUGCGGCCCCUCUCUCCAAUUUUUGUUUGGCUUCCUUUCUCGUUACUCUCUGCAAGCAAAUCCUUGUAACAUUUGUUUAGUACUUUCAAGAAAACUUAGUAGAUAAGGCCUCUUUAUCAGAACACUCUUUAUCUUGCUCUUCAGACUGCUCCUCACUCUAAAUCGACAUUUCCUCUUUGUUUCCAGUUAAUACAUGAGGAAUUCUUGCAACGGGGUGACACUCAGAAAUCCAAACUCAGAUUGACUUGUAUUUAGAAUCCGGAAGGAAAAGGAAAUGAAAUGUGAAUAAACUCAUGCUGCAAAUCUGAUCCAGAUCAGAAGACUGCUAGCAUGCCCCUGGUAACACGGAAGCUGAGAGAUCCUGACAUAAACCCUUGCUUGUCGGAAUCCGAUGCUUCUACCAGAUGUAUGGAUGAAAAUAACUAUGACCGGGAAAGGUGUUCCACUUACUUCUUGAAGUACAAAAGCUGUCGGAAAUUCUGGAAUUCUGUCAUGAUCUGGAGAAGACAGAAUGGAGUGAUGCCAUCUAUGCCUACAGCAGCAGAAAGAGAUGAAAUCUUGGGAGCAUUGGGGAAAAUGCCCUAUUGAAUGUUUGCAUUAAAAAUGUUUACAUGACUUAGAAACACAUGAAUUUUUAAAUAAGUGAUUACUAUAAUCUUUUAGGAUCUCACAGGCCUUACCCAGAUAACGCUUAAAUUCUAUAAGGGGAGACAAAGUGUGGGCACUGUGUCCUCUGCGUUUGCUCUCAGUACUGUGGGGAUGUUAUGCUGCUGUUGGCUGUUUCGUGGCCCUGGGUUUACAUUGCUUCCUGAAGGUACCUUAGUGUUAGGAAAGGUGACAUGAGGAGUUGAGCUUGUCCACUGAGUCUUGAAAGAAAAGUAAGAUUUGGACAAAGACUUGAUGAGGGCAGUGUUUACAACGAAGAGAAUAAUGUGAGCAACAACACGAUGGAAGGAAAGCUUGAACCAAGUUUAGUAAAGAGUCUGUAGACAAUUCACCCUUAGAGACUGAGGUGAGUAGAAGAGUGAUGGAAAAGAAGACAGGAAAGGUAAGUUGGAGGGAGAGCGUGGUCGGCCUCGAAUCCCAGGCUCAUUCCGAAACCUCAGCCUUCAGAGAACUGAUUGUCACUUAUCUUUGUUUAAAUAAGGUUAGUGUAUUGGCUGGGGAGGGAAGCAAGGGGACAGGAAAGUUGUUUUAAAUAAAUGGCAUGCAAGACUGGU